AAUUUAUUUCCGGUAAAUUUCAUAAAUGGAGAAAAUUUCUUAGCUUGUUCGUUUUGGUCAAAACAACACUAUGGGCCGUGAAUUUGAUCCUAAAAAGAUUGUUACUAGAGGUACAAAGUACUACAAAAUUCGUAGACUAAUGAUUUGUGCAGGAAUAGGCUAUUUCAUCGGUUCUCUUUACUACAAAAUAUUCAUAGAAGAUACUAGUGAAAACAAAACGUUAAUAUGGAUAAAUGAGCAAAACAAGAAACACGAAGAAAGCAUGGAGAGAUAUAAACUUUCUCAAGAAGCUUUACAUGAAAUCGAGAAAAUAAAGAGAAUGAAAGCUACAGAAAUGGCUGCAGUACCUGAGAGGAAGUAACUCAGAUAGGAAUAAGAUUGCCAAAAUUUAAUUGAACUGAGAAACGAUUUAAUGAACUGUAAAAAGACAACUAUAUUGAAGCCGUAAAGUGAGAGGCUUAUACCUCAAAGAAUUGAAGGGAGGAGUACAGUAUACCGUAACAAAACCUAAAACUUGCUUAAAGAUAACAUGCUUUUAUAAUUUAAAUUAUAUAUGAAGAAGUUUGGAUAGAAUUUGCAGUAUUACUAUUGAAACUGUUGUAUAUAUGAUAUGAUGGACAUAGCCAUUAAAGACUCUCAUUUUCUGUGUUCUUACUAAGGAAAUGAUAGGAACAAUAUUAGUAUAGAAAACCAGAAUUGUAUGAUGGCCUAGAGUCAGGAAGCCAUUUUUAUUUGAAAUAAAAAAAAUUCAUCUUGAAACUGAAUGAACUGUGAAUGGAUACAGAGACAACAUUGAUUCUUUCAAUGAGUCAGCAAGAAUUAUUUUUGUUAUUUCUUCACGUAUAUAGAGAAAAGCUAGAACAUUCAUUAUUUGCUAAAGCUUUUCCUGGUCUUCUGCAGUUUUAAUUUGGACUUCUUUAGGUCUAUGUAGAUGGAUGUAACCUACUGCACUAUAAUUACAAUUUUGAUGAAUUGGUAUUGUACUGAAACACAAAUGCAAGCUUAAUUUAUGAUUUUGAAUAAAAAGAUGAAAUCACCCAAAGUGAAACCGGGACAAAGUCCACAAGAAAUAAAAGCUAAGAAAGCUGUACAAAAUGCAAAGUUGACGUUAAAUAAGAAAAAAUCUGCUAAAAUUUCACAUCUUGAGCUUUUUCAAGGUAUAUUCAGUGAUCAAACCACUGAACAUAAUGACAGCGUGGAUUUUAAGCAAAUUCCUCGAAAAAGCAAACUCAGGUUGAGAAAAGGACGUGGCACGAAUAGAACAACCAAUACAAGUUGUCAAAAUGAGAGUGAUAUUUCUCAAUCUCAGGAAAUUUGCCCAAAUGAUAAGGUUAAUGAUGGUAAAGCAAAUGAGACUGAUUGUAAAACAAGGGAGACUGAUUGUAAAACAAGAGAGACUGAUUUUAAAACAAGGGAGACUGAUUGUAAAACAAGGGCGACUGGUUGUAAAACAAGGGAGACUGAUUUUAAAACAAAGGAGAAUGAUUGUAAAACAAAGGAGAAUGAUUGUAAAGGAAAAAAGAGUAUAACAAAUGGGAAUGGGAAUGACCGUAAAGCGGAGGAGGAUGAUCAUAAAACUAGGUCAAAUGACAUCAAAACAAAAGAGAACAGUUCAAAACCCAAAAUUAGGAAAUCGAACAAAAGAGCUACAGAGGUAAGGAAAAACAAGCAAUCAAAAGAUGAUAAGUCAAAGAAGGAAACACUUGAUAUUGACAAUACUGAAGCUGAGGAUGAUAUGAAAGCUUUUGAUGACAACACGACUUCAAGUGGCGCUGGUGCCCAAGAUGAUUCUGACAAACAUGAAGAAGUAACUGAGGGAGUUGAAGUAACUAAACAGUGUACUACUUGUGGUAAAAACAUCAACACCAUAGAACAUGGCGAUCAUAUUCUGAAGUGUCUGCAAGAUAACUUCAGAAGAACAAAAUUGGACAUGCAGCUUGAUACUAAACAUGAAACAAAGACAAGUCCAAGAAAAGAGGAAAACCAGUUGUUUCUCUGCCAGUUUUGUAACAAAGAUCUCACAAGUUGGAAUUCAAGGAGACGCCAACAACAUCUUAAUCGCUGUUUGGAUCAGAUAGAAGAAGGGGAGAGAUACAAAGAGGCUAAGGAAAAGGUGGUGAAUAAAAUGCGGACAUCUGUAUUGCCUUGCCCAAUAUGUGGCCAGCCACACAAGACAGAUAGGGCUAGGAAGUUACACUUGAAGAAAUGUGCGCUGCAGUAUGAUGUUCCCGUCGAUCGUGCCCUGAAGCUUGCCAGAGAGCAGGAAGAGGAGCACAAGGUGAAGCUCGACCAGGGACAAUUAAUUAUUGAUGAAAAAGAUGUCCAGAAACUGCUAAAGACUACAAAGCCAAAGACUGCAGCUUCAAAACACAAAAAGGCUGAACCAAAAAGUGUUCUUGAAGAACAAACACAACUAGCCAUUGCCUUGUCAGUAUCUGCAUCGGAAUUUUCCACUCCAAUGGAAUUUUCCACUCCUAAUAUGGAAAAUGCUAACACUUCAGUGUUUGAUGUGCUGAUGAAGAAUGCCAAGGACCAGAGUCCUGUAAAGAAAGGCAAACGAAAAAAGAAAACUGAAGUUAUCCCCGAACUCUUGAAGCGUACAAGGGAGGAAAAUGAAGAAAUAGUUGCCAGUAGAGCUGCCAUAGUCACCAACCAAACACUCGAUGUGGAAGUAAAUGAAUUGACGCCAAGACUACCAGAGAGUCUGUUCUACAGACCUGAUAAUGCUGAGCCAAGGGACCUUACAGCUCAGUUUGAUAAGGAGUCUACGCUGUGGCAAAUGUCUAAAUUUACUGAAGCAGAUAAGGCAAAGGAGGACUUCUAUGUUGCAUCUCUUUGUGAUGUCAUAGAACCAUGUGACAUAACCACCGGAUCCAAGAUGAAACACCUUUCUCAGAUACCUGGUCGACGAAUCUCUUCUGUGCAAGGCAACUCUGAUUGUGAGCCUUCUCAUGUAAAUACACCCACUGGAGGUUCUCAAUCCCAGACUGCCUUGGUCCUAGCUGAGUUAGCAGCAGAAAACAUUACCCAGAAUUCACAUCUUGAAAGCACAAGACACUCCACCUCAAGUCAGCAUAUAGGCUCUGAGGUGUCAAUCUGUGCAAGAGAUACCUCUCAGUCUAACCGUUCCUUGAAGCAGAGUCUGGACCCCCCUAUGACAGACUGUAGCCUCAGCAGGGAUGCCACUUCAGACUCACAGAUGUUACAUCCUGGCCUAGGAACUCCUGUGACUCAAAGCAAUAAAUGGAGGAAUCCAUUUAGAGUUUCAAUAAGUCGGCCUGGCCAGAAUUUAACAAGUUUUAGUCAACAAAGUCCAGAAUAUAAACAAGGUUCAGAUUAUCAUCAAAGUCCAGAAUAUAAACAAAGUUCAGUUUAUCAACAAAGUCCAGAUUGUAUACCAUUUAGUGUUCAAACUCCUGAUGUUGACCCUGAUAUAGCUAAUUUACCCAAUCACAGUGUAGAACAAAAUCUAAAUGACAGCAAUGAGGAUCUAGAAACUAACAAUGAUGGGAAUCUAGAAACACUUUUGAAAAGCAUCUGGGAAGAUGAAGAUGAUAGAAAUCAAGCAGGUUGUCAUGGAAACAGAGAAACUUCUAGUAACCAUAGCAACAGUGAUAUUGAUGAAGAGAUGGAUGAUCUGUAUAGUUUCAUGGCAACCCAGAAAAGCAAAAUUAAGAAAGUGAAGUCCCCAUUGAAAUUUUCAACCUCUCAAGAAAUACAGCUUACGAAUAAUACACCACCAUCCUUUAAAACCCCUCUCGCUAAAACAAGGCAUGGAGAUAAUUCAAGUAAUUGGAAGGUGUGUGCUACGAGCACUCCGAUCGACCAGACUGCUAGGAAUAAAGUUCAAUUCAAAACACCAAGGAACACUAAUACAUAUCCAAUCAUUGGAUUAGAAACUCCUGAUUUAUUUGCCCCGACUCCUUACAUCAAAACUAAGAAAAGAAUUAAGUCUGGAUCUAUAAAUGAUAACACAUUGAAUGAAUGGACUGCUGGAAAUGCAAGACCAAACAAUGAUAGUAGUGAAUCUGGUGACCUUGAUAACACUGAACAUGAGGCCACUGUUGAGAUUCUGGAAAUUGUAGAGAUAGAUGAAGGUGAUAAAGAAUCACAAAACAACAAUAGGACUUUAAGUGUUCAAGAACCAUUCUCUAAAGACAGCAUUAUAGACAUCUCUGAUAAGGAACAAGAACUCUUGGAGAUUGUUGAUGAACAUCAGAGUGAUGAUCCUGAUGUGAUAUACAAAUCUGAUGAAGACAUGUUUGGUUCUGAUUCUGAACACAAUGAGCCAGUAUCCCCAAAAGAUUGUACUGAACACUCUAAAGAAUAUAAUGAAUUCCUAACAAAGCCCUUGGAAGUUGAAACCAUCUCAGGUUCAAAAAGCUCCCAAGAAACCCUAGUCAAUUGUGAACAACAUGUACAAAAUGAAACUUCAGAGGAGAGAAAGACAUAUUCAGUUAAUCAUCAGCAAGAGGAAUCAACAGAAGAUAUUUGCAUAGUGUAUGACUCUCAGGAUGAGAAUGUUAAAUAUGCUGACAAGCAUAUUGCUAAAAUAGCUCAUGACAUUUCAGAAGUUUCUGACAAAUCAAUAGGUUCAAAUGACGUUGACCCUUCUAAUAAUGAUGUUCUUGACCUUCCUGAUAUUGACAUAAAGACUAAAUCAGGUGAUGUAUCUGGUAAUGUACCAUCCUCGAAAAUAGCCGCAUGUUUUGAACAUCCAAUGGUUGAUAACUUGGGAAUUUCACAGAGUCAUUUUAGAGGUCAUGAAGAAAUUGAGAAAUCUGGAUUAACAAGAGCUAAAAGCAAUAAAAGGAAGAGAAUUGAGCUUGAUAUCUCUGAUAUAGAACCAGAGGCUCUGUCGCAAGAAAAGAAAUCCAAAACUAGUGUUUCUAUCAGUGGAGAAGUAAUAACCUCACCCAUCAAGAAUACAGACAAUGAUUGCAUUGAUAUGAUCAUUUGUGAAAACCCUAAUGAGUUUGAUGAAAGUGACCUUCCUAAUGUAUUAGAAUCAAAUAAUUUAAGUGGUUCUUCACGUGGUAAUGACACAAAUCCUGCAACAGCUAUUUAUGAUCCUACUCCAGAUGAAUCUACAUCAAAUAAUGGCCCAAAUCAGUAUAACAAAAAUGAUGUUCCAAAUGUAUCUACCUCAAAUGAAUCUUCCCCAAUUGAUGGCCCAAGUCAGUCGAACCCAAAUGAUGGUCCAGAUAAAUCUAAUACAAAUGAUUGUCCAAGUCAAUCCAACUCAAAUGAUGGUCCAAAUGAAUCUACCAUUAACGACAACCCAGAUGAAUCAACCCCAAAUGAUGGCCCAAGUGAAUCUACCUCAAACGAUAUUCCAAAUGAAUCUACCAAUAAUAAGGACCCAGAUGAAUAUAUCCCAAAUGAAGACCCAAAUGAAUCUACCCCAAAUGAUGGUCCUAAUGAAUCUACACCAAAUGAUGGUACGGGAGACUUAAAUAAUAGUCCUGUUGGAUCAGUUACUGAUGAUCAAGCUGAUGAAAUGGAUGUCUGGGAUGAUUUUGAUGAUGGUGGUGGAUACAUUGACAUGAACAACAGUAAUGACAUUAUGACUUCACAAACAUUCAAUAAGAGAAAUGAAGCUAAAUAUAAUGAGCACGCUGGAGUUGCAGGGGUUGACAAAGAUCAUGGGAAUAACUCACCUAAGUCAAUUAUCCCUGAGGAUUUAGACAAUGAUGAGCAAUUGAUAAACAAUGAUGAGCAGAUUCCACACAACGAUGACAAAGAAGUCUCACCAGAUGACCUUGACUAUUUGGUCAAUGACAGCGCACUCUGGAGGGAUGAAAAUGAACCAUCAUUUAGAAACACUCAGGAUGAGACAAAUACUGCUGUUAAUGCUGUUCCAUCUGAACAAAAUGACACUUUCCCUGAACAGGAUGGAAGUUCUACUGAGCCACUAAAGACACCCAAUGUUCCUAAGCCCAGAGCAAGUAAAUCAUGGGUCCCUCCUUCCCCAUUUACUCCCAUGCCUGACUAUGACGCCAUGGCAACUCCAGCUGUUAAGAGAGAGAUAGCCAAACAUGGUGUAAGAAUGCUGCCCAAAAAGAAGAUGAUAAUGGUACUGAAAAACAUCUAUCAGGAGACUCAUCAAUAUGAAACUGAUUCUGAAUGUGAUGCUAGCUUUACAGGAACUAAUGCACCAGGCUUGACUAAUGAAUCAACUUCAAAUAAAGAAACUGGAGCUAAGUCAAAAUCAGUGUCUGCGAAGCUUUCGGUGAAAGAAUCUUUAAAACCUCAAGGACCCAAAUCAAGUUCAGAUAUAACAUCUUCCUUAAAAGUGAAACCUUUAGUUACUAAGACAUCAUCUGCUAAGCCAUCGUUUGCUAAGACAUCAUCUACCAAGCCAUUGGUUGCUAAGACAUCAUCUGCCAAGCCAUUGGUUGCUAAGACAUCAUCUACCAAGCCAUUGAUUGCUAAAUCAUUGGCUGCUAAGACGUCUUCUGCCAAGCCUUCUUUGGUUGCUAAGACAUCAUCUACCAAAUCUUUGGUCGCCAAGACAUCAUCUGCCCAGUCUUUGGUCGCUAAGACAUCAUCUACCAAAUCUUUGGUCACCAAGACAUCAUCUGCCAAGCCUUUGGUUGCUCGGGUAAAUAAUAAGAGGCUUCUUGACAUCUCAGAUAGUGACACAUCAGACAAUGAUGAUGAUAUAAGAGACAAUGAUGAUCCCAACUCAGACAGUGAUGAUGCAAUGCAAGAAGAAACUAUUGUUGAGGAACCAAUGACAGCUUCACAACAGGUGUCCACUCCAGGCGUAAAACAGAAGAUAUAUGAUUACAUAACAUCAACUGAGAGUAUACAUCUUAAAGUUUUAUACUAUGAGCCGAUAGAUUUUGAUGACUUCCAAGCAGAACUACUUACAGCUGGGAUCCGCUGUGGGAAACAAAAACUAAUGGAAAUUCUAGAUGAAAAGUGCAUCACAUUCACCUGUAGAUCCUCAUCAAAGGCCAAAAGGGAGAAAAAGCAGCAGCGUAAGAAAACUGGCUCCCCAAGAAAAAGGAAGAAACCCAGAUCCUCACCUUCGAAAAAGUCGCCACAAAAAUCUGCAGCUAAAAAAUGAACUGUCAAUACACUAGACAGAAAGUGAACAAAGGGACUCAGCUUCCUGAAUUUCCUUGAAUAUGAAAUAAAAAGGAUACACGUUGGCAUUUUAGGCAAUGUGUUGAGGAAUAGUCGCCAUAAAUUACUUUUUCUGUGACUGUUACAUAAAACAGCUAUAUGUGGCUGUUUGAAAUGAAAAAACAAUAGCAGCCAAGUGAUCAGGCAAAUUGAUAAGUGUUUGGAUUGUUCAAAAUAAAUGGGCUCUAUGCUC